AUGCUUUCAGGGCGGGGGUGGCUGAGGCCUCGCCUGAGUGAGCCCUCCCUGGAUUCUGCAGGCACUGUGAUGCUGCAGGCCCUCUACAGCUACCAGUACAAGGCUGAGGAUGGGAAACAAGUUGCCAUCGUGGAGGGUGAGCUCUUCCGGCUUCUGCGCAAAGCCAAUGAGGACUGGUGGCAGGUGCAGCGGCUCAGUCAGCCCAAACAGAGGAGACCCAUCUUUGUGCCUGCCACCUACGUAGCUGAAGUGCCUCCUGGCACAAGGGUGGCCAUGCAGCAAAAUGCUACCUUGCAUCUCUGCGGUAGUGCGGAACAGGAUGAUGACACAGCGCAAUUGGAUAUGCUCUCCUGUUCUCUGGAAGACCUGUAUAUGCCACCCUGCCCUCAAAUGGAGCUUAUGUUCAGCCACAGCCAUAGUCUACCAGCCUUGGGAUCCUUCUCCCAGUCCCUUUUCAAGAGCCUCAGCAUCGACAGCUUAAUCCAAAGGAUCGGUAGAGAAGCAAGACAAACAGACAAGAGCCAGGGGCAAAAUUCUUCAGAAAAGGAGUUGGUGAAGAAGGUGAGCCUCCAAGGGAUGUUGGAUGAUACACAUCUGUCUCCGUCUGUGGAAGCACCCCCAGUGUAUUGCAACCUGGCGGAGACGGAACAGCUAGACUCAAUGCCCCACCAGCCAUCCAAUCCCCCUCUACAAGUCCUCGAAGCCUGGGAACACCAUAUUGAUUCCUACUUGCGACACAGUUACUUUUGUAAGCCGGCAACGGGUGAGAAAUCGUGGAAGCCGCUGCGGAGGAACAGCCAGGAGAUGAGCUUGGGACAGGCCGAGGGACACGGUCCCUCACCCUCACCCUCACCCUCAGCAGACACUGCUCUGGGUGCAACACCAGGCGGAGAGGAAGACGGAGGGAAGACGGAGCUGCCUGGUGAUCAGGGCCUCAGGAAGCUGAGCUACGCCAAGUCCAUGAUGCUGCCGGAGACACGGGGGUCCAAGGGAGGUCAUCGCCGGAACCUUUCCCAGCACAGCUGUGCAGCCUGGAUGGUGGACUACCCCGGGUCUGGCACUGCCAAUGGCUCCACAUCUCAUCUCCCUGACCUGAUGCACACGGUGGAAAAAGCUGGACAGCUGAACAAAACCAAGAUUGCUGAAGGAGGCCGCAAACUCAGAAAGUCCUGGACCUCCUCAUGGCUGGUGCUGGCAGGGAACAGCCUUAUGUUCUACAAGGACCCCAAAGUUGCAGCUGAAUGGACUCCGGCAAGCAGCCGACCGGAAAGCAGCGUGGAUUUGCGAGGUGCCCGCAUCGAGUGGGCCAAGGACCUGUCCAGCAAGCGGAACGUCAUCCAUUUCCGCACGGUGACUGGCAACGAAUAUCUCUUGCAAUCAGAUAGUGAGGUUAUCAGCCAAGAUUGGUAUCAAGCUAUCAAAGGAGUCAUCCGUAGGCUGGUGAGUUGUGGCUGCUAA